AUGAAAAGAAUAUUCAGUGUUUCUGUGUGCUUGUACGUCACAAGACUGAAUCAAUCAUCUUUUGGCAGUAUAAUUGGAGAAAACAAACAUCAUGGGACACCUACAAAUCCAUGUGCUUUAGAUCGGGUCCCUGGAGGAUCUUCUAGUGGAUCUGCAGUUGCAGUUGGUGCAAGGCUUGUGGAUUUCUCCUUAGGUACUGACACUGGAGGAAGCGUAAGAGUUCCAGCCUCAUUUUGUGGGAUUUUUGGGUUUCGGCCUUCUCAUGGAGUUGUUUCUACUACGGGGGUUAUUCCUAUGGCACAGAGUUUUGACACUGUGGGCUGGUUUGCUAGGGACCCUGUGCUAUUGAAUCAAGUUGGGAGGGUUCUACUGCAAAUGCCUGAUAUGCAUCCUGCUAGACCUGAGCAUAUUUUUAUUGCAGAUGAUUGUUUCAAGCUUCUAAGCAUUCCAAGUGAUCGAGUUUCUAAAAUUCUUGUUAAUGNUUUGGGGGUCACAUUUUGA